AUGGCAACUAUCUCACAAGUGGUGGAAGAAGAAGCUGCGAUGUCCUUUAUUCUCGUGCAUUGACACUAGAAAAUAAAAAUAAAAAUCUUUUGUUCAGUUUUUUCAUAUAAAAAGAGGAAGUUUAGUACAUUACAUUUUAAUAGUAAAUUAUACUCUUUUCUGUGGACAGUAACAAUGGUUCCCCUGAGUCAAGCCUGUAUUGAGGAGGCAAUACAAAGUGAGAUAACUUUAAAACAAAGUGCCGAACAAAUAGCUAAAGAUAUAGAAAACAAAACAUACGAUGUGGUUAAGCUAUGCGAAAGUUUGCAGUUCUGUUUGACCUCUAGCAGUGUGGAGAAACGUGUACAGGGCACCCUCUUGUACUCACGAGUCUUAGCCCUGUUACCAAAUGAUCAUCUCAAUAGCGAUCAGGUUGAGGUAUUGUCAAACUUUUACGCAGCCCGCCUUAAGGACCACCAUAAUGUUGUACCCGCCGUCAUAGAGGGCAUCGAUGCCCUGGUUCACAUGAAACACUGUCCAGGAAAAUGCGUAGUUAUGUUACUGCAGAAUUUCUUCUUGAACACAACGUGCCAAUCACAGCUACGAAGUGACCGUUUUCGUUUAUUCCAGCUUUUUAAAUAUAUAUCGGAAAAAUAUGUUGAAGAACUUAAAGCAAUGUCCGGCGAUUUUAUAUAUGGAAUAAUAAAUUCCUUAGAUGGGGAACGUGAUCCAAGGAAUUUGGACUUCAUAUUUACAUUUAUGCCGAACUUUAUACAAACAUAUCCCUUGCUGCAUUUAAGUGAAGAGAUGUUUGAAGUAUUUGCCUGUUAUUUUCCAAUUGAUUUUAAUCCCACCAAAAACGACCCUGAUACAAUAACAAGAGAAAACUUGGCUUCGAAAUUGACCCAAUGUCUUGUUGCCUCGCCGGAAUUCGUUGAAUGGACUGUAGCACUGGCGUUGGAAAAAUUGGAAAGUGAUUUGGUUGUGGCCAAAUGUGAUUCGUUAGAGUUGCUGUAUCAAGCAGCACUGAAGUUUCCCUGCGAUCUUUUAGAAUCGCACUUUGAACAAAUAUGGAUUGCAUUAAAGAAUGAAUUAUUUCCUGGUUCCGAAAACACUGAUGUCGUAUCAUAUGCCUUGCGUACCUUACGCUGUAUUCUGGAACAAGCGACAGCUGCUUCAAAGACCGACAUUAGCCACAAUUACCAAACUAUUAUUUUGGGAACCAUUUUGCCGCAUCUAAGUGAUGUUAACCAUCGCCUAUUUAAUUCUGCCUCUACCAUUGCUUUAGUUUGUGUAGCUGGAGAUCCGGUAUUUGCAAGCGAAAAAAUCCUUAACACCUUCCUAAUUAAGCUAAAUGAGAAUCCUGCCACAUUAAAUGAUGACCAAUGCAUACGCAUUUAUAAUAUUAUUGCACAAAUGUUCAAUAUAAUUUCACUGAAGGGAGAAACCAUAUUUAAAGCUGUCAAUACAGAAUUGUGCUCACAAAUGCAUUCCCACAUCAUUGCCAGCUUAAAAAAAGUAGAUGCUGAAACAGACAGUGCGAAUUUAAAUCAAGAUUUAUUAAAAGUUUCUUUGGUAGUGCUGAUAGAGUGUGCACCAAUUAUCAGUGAAGCCAAUAGGGUAAUGGUUUAUAGAAUUUUGAUGAGCCUGUUGACAAAUGAAUCGAUUGAUUUGGAACAAACACAGCCCUUGUUGGAACGUUUAGGGGCCUUGUAUCCCAUCGAACUGCAAUCGAAUUGUAUUGAUGGAUGUAUAAAAAAUUUUGGUUUGUUUUCAAAUUUUGUGAAAGAAAAAAUAUUGUCAAAUCUGAUACCGCUUGUUAGACAAAUUGCCUUUACCCAACGAAUUUUGGAUUUACUCUAUCAGCAAAUAUUUGGAGAGGGUGUACCCAAUGAUGUGAGACUUUUAUCGUUGCAAGCUUUAAACUGCUUGCUAAAGACCGAAGAUGAGCGUUUUGUUCAAGAUCUCCAAAACAACAGUGAACUUAUAGACAAACUUGUACAGUUGGCGCUAAAUAACAAAGAAUUAAACUCCGAGGUUUUAACACAAAUUGCCCGCGCUCUAAGUGCCAUUGUUCAAACUUUAUCAAUUGCCGAACAAUAUAUGAUCGCCACAAGUUAUUUGUGCAGUUUAAAUUUACAACUUGAAUCAGAUUUGUAUGUGGCAGAAGGACUUUUGGGCUAUCUGCAUAAAGACAUAAGUCUCGACGAUCAUUUUGAACGUCUGUUGAAUGACCUUACCCAGCUGUCACUACAAUCGGAAAAUGAGGGAAUGCGAGAGGUUGCCCAUCAUCUGUUAUGUAGUUUGGUGAAUAAGAUCGAGUACAAUGACAAUAAUCGUGGCAUAAUAAAACGCACCAUCCAUAAACUGGCGGAGGCCAUUAAAAAGGAAAAUAAGAAGGCAGUUGAAGCAUUGUCAUGGCUAGGCAAGGGUCUGGUUAUGCGAGGUAGUAAUGAAGCUGGUGAAAUUGUUGAAACAUUAUCUGAACUCUUGGACCACCCAUCGUUGUCCAACGCUGCCUCACUAGCAUUUGAAAUUAUAUCUUCUGAGUAUCCUCAAUUACACCUGCCACAAGUGAAAUUUUUAUUCCAACAAAAGUUCUUCCACAUGAUUUUAGCGAAAUUGGGCCAUAAACUGGAGCAGUAUUGCGAGAAUCAUUUGACUGCAUUCGUUUAUGUAUUGAAGGCCACGCCGCAUGCGGUUUUAAAAAUGAACAUUGAAAAGAUUGGACCAAUUCUUUUCAAAUGUCUGGAGUCGGGAAAUGUUCAUACACAAGGAAUAUCUUUGCAAAUUUGUGAAAACUUUGUUAAACAUCAGGACGAUUAUUUCCGCAGCCACUUGAACCACUUGAUUCCAGCAUCGCUGAAGCUAACAACGUGUAAUCAUUCGAUGAAAUUAAGAAUAUCUGCCUUGAAACUUCUAUACGAUAUUACGAAAUAUCCUACUUUUGUUCUGCUACCUUAUAAAGUUGAUGUUGUAUUGGAUUUGGCUACAGCUCUCGAUGAUCCCAAACGCUUAGUACGAAAUGCUGCUGUACAGGCUCGCAAUGCUUGGUAUAUGAUAGGAGCGCCAAAGACCGAAUAAUCGACAAUUUUGAUAGCCAUUUAAGAUAGAUAAUACAUGGAAACUAAAAUAUUAUAUAUGUAUGUAUAUAAGAGUAUUUUUCUAUAUAGAAUUGAUUAUUGUUUAGUUUUAUAAAGAGAGAACAAACGACACUGUGGAAUAAAUGUAAGCUCCAACACAA